UCGACGCUGCUGAUAACACUCUAUCGUUGUUAGUUUCUUACCCACUGUUAUGUCAGCAGCAGUGCACGAAAGUACCUUCACGCCCACGUUUCCUUACGUAUACCGGGGAUAGGAACUGCACGUACGGUAAAGAAGUAUGCAUUCGUGCGCUACACGCGUAUGCAUGUGGGAGUCGUACAACGUUCGUCAGAGAUGGCAACAAACACCCCCUACCGAAAGAACGGUUUUCAGCUUGACGUCUUUCUUACUGCAAUAAUUUAUUACUCGGAUAUGAUUUGACUGAUUUAAAGUAAAAUGAAAAGUUAGCAACACCGCGUGAGAAAGACACAACAAGUUGUAGAAAUGCAAACUAACUCUGUUCCCUGGUAAAGUUCGAGAAUUUGCAUCAUCUCUGAUGAGAUUCUUUAUCAGAAAGCCGGAUUUCGCUGAAACCAGUGGUGGCUUACGCAAAUUGCAUAAUUAUGCAACGAUGAAAUGUUGCGUUGGCUCUAGCGCGAUCUUUUGAUGCGCUGAUUCCCUAGAUCGUGAAAUAUGACGCAAUUGAGUGGAUUUGACGUGUUUCCACUCGAGAAGAAAAAGAACAGUAUCUUGACAGGUUCACAAGUUGGGAAUUCCAGGAGAAAACUUUAAGAAAGAUUAUGAAUUGAAGACUGAUAGCGCCCGUAACUGAUAAGGGAAGCUUAAUUUUUAAUUCGUCAGCAAGAGGACUAAGUAAAUAUUUCUAUAUUUAGCUCGCAACAAAUGGGCGUGUUGCUGAUAUAGUCAAUGUGUUUAUUGAAAUGGUACGCCAAUCUCACCUAGAUGCUCUAUAUCUUCCGAAUCAAUUUCGAUAAGCGCGUAUCGAUGACGCAAGGGAUCUUUUGUGCGAGAAAAAAAGAGCGAAUCGUUAAGUCCGAUCACGAAAUAGCCGAGCGAUUGGAGGCGCGGUACGAACUAUGGUUCGUGCUCGCCCCUGCUAAAGCUCCGAAGACCCGAACAAAUAAAUGCUGAAAAGAGGAACAAAACCGACAUUAUGUGGCAUUAACAUACAAAGUAUGUCAGACCCGCGGUCCGCAGGCAUAACAUAGUAUCGCGGCGUUCGCAUACCCCGCCCGCUUUGCAGUGACCAGCAAGACGGGAAAGCAUUGGAAAGAGACCAAUCCCGAAAGCGAUGUUUAUAAAAGAGAGAAGAGUAAAGGAACGAAAGAGAAGGGUGAGAGGGAAAAAAGAGAAAGAGAGAGAGAGACGCAGCGAGUGUCGAAUGUGCUCGAGUAGAGGCGAUAGAUCGUGUGCAGAAUAGAGAGGGCAGAAUGAUGAACGCAGAAAGGUGUGCGUGCUGUGGAAAAGGAGCAAGGAGGAGGACGAAGGAGACAAGGUCCUCCGAAGUCCAGACCCAUCCCGUCUCAUCCCAUCGUUUCGUUGUCCCCGUGUGUGCCACGCGGUGCGGCUUAACGCAAAAGGGCCCACAGAGCGGGAGCAGAGUAACAGAACGCGCAGGAAAGGGAAAGAUCCGAAGGCAGCAGCAAGCCGGUGGCAAAACGAAAAAUCGGCCCGCAUAUAUCGAGCUGGCCUGCGACGACGACGACGACCGCGGUGGCGGCGGCUACGACGACGAAGUUGGGACACACACAUAAAACCAAAGAUUCCUUGUGUCCCCGCUGCCUAGUGGACUCCUGAUCGGCUACCGCUAGCGAUGGUUGCGAACUUGGUUAAAUACAAGAGAGAGCCUCUUUCAAAUAAACAACUACAUACACGAUUCUACAUUCUUAUAUAUAUAUAUCUUUUUAUUUUUAUUGAUUCUAUUUGUUAUACUUUCCUUUUUUUAAUUAAUAUCGAAAAUUAAGUUAUUGAAAACAUAGAUAGAUUGCAAGAACAAACAUUCUGAA